UGUUUUAAGAAGACGUCAAGGAUAUGCGCGAAUUAUAGUUUGGGACAUUGUAGGUUUAUUUAUGUUGUAAUGUCAAAUGUAAAUGUGUUAACGGAACGGCACUGUCUUAAGUUUAACAGGAAGCUCAACGAAUAUAAUUCAUACUUCAUCGUAAGGGUAGGCUAGUGUAGCUUGUAGUUUUUCAGAAGAAAGUGGACACUGGAGUGAAUCCUUAAGUUAUUUGGGUUGGAUUGAAUCUCUACACAGAUUCACACACAUAAUUAAACGAGUUUGAAAUGUAGGAAAUGGCUAUGGACGUGCCGUGUAUUCUGCGAUUCGCCGUCACGACCAGACUGCUGUCCCUGCUACUACAGGUAUUGUUCAAUACUGCCAUUCCAGAUCAUAAAGCAGAUGCGUUCAGUCCUCCUCCUGCCGAGAGUCCUCUCGUUUUGGACCCCAUCGCUGAAGUGCUGUUCGGAGGGCUGGGCCGCUGGGAUGCUCAGCACUUCCUCUUCAUAGCAGAGCGUGGCUAUGUGUUUGAGCACAACUUUGCAUUCUUCCCCCUUCUCCCGGUGCUCCUGCGAUGUGUUGCCGCAGGUGUGCUCUGGCCCCUGGGUGCCUGGCUGACUCUGCACGGGAGGCUGCUGCUGGCCGUGGCCCUGGUCAACAGUGCACUGUUUGUCCUGAGCGCGGCUGCUCUCUAUGGCCUCGGCUGCUUGGUUCUCCAAGACCGCCGCCUAAGUCUACUGUCUACACUCCUCUACUGCCUGACGCCUGCGAAUGUCUUUCUCAUGGCUGCCUAUGCGGAAAGCCUCUUUGCUGCACUCACGUUCGGCGGCCUGUGGCUACUGGAGCGGGGGUCAACCAUUAAGGGGUGCCUAGUGCUUGGGCUGGCCACUGGCGCACGGUCGAAUGGCUUGGUGAAUGCUGGCUUCCUGCUCUACCUGCCCUUGCAGAGAGCACUGUGUCAGCUCCAGAAGCUUAGCAGGGAGGCUGUGGUCCAGGCGAGGAGCCUGCGCUACGCAUGGAUUGCCGUUCGCUACACGGUCACUGCUGCUGCUGGUGUUUUUGUCAUCAGUCUGCCUUUUUGUGUCUUCCAGUACUAUGGGUACAAAAUGUUUUGUGAGCAGCCGUCGUCAACCCAGGAACCAAUAUCUCCUAUUCUGCUGACUCUUGCCCAGGACAAAGGCUACAGGGUGCCGGAUGCAGCCUCUCCUUUGCCGCCCUGGUGCUCGAAACCUCUGCCUCUUCUGUAUUCCUACAUUCAGGAUGCCUACUGGGAUGUGGGAUUUCUGAGAUAUUUCCAGUUCAAACAGAUCCCCAAUUUCUUAUUAGCCCUACCAAUAGUUACUCUAGGCUCACUGGCCGCCUAUGUAUACGUCAGAUCUGACCGAGAGUAUUGCUUGUGGCUAGGCCUCUUCAACAGACAUGCCAAGGAGAAAGAGGAGAAGCCACCCUGUGGAUUUUUCAGCAGGAAGGUUUAUGUUUACGUCGUCCAAGCCAUGGUUCUGUUGGUGUCUGGCUUCUUUUGCAUGCAUGUACAGGUUCUUACUCGUUUUCUUGGGUCCUCUUCUCCUGUGACCUACUGGAUUAGUGCUCAUUUACUUGUAUCCCAAGAACCUUUGCUGAUGGAGGACCACAGUUCCACGUCUGUGAAAGACAAGAAAGAACAGAUGCCUAUGAAUCAUUCAUUGUUUGGUGUAGGAUGGACAAGGCUACAUCAAAAUCCCAUUACUGAGUUAUUGAAUCAGUGGGGAGCCUGCUCAUUCCAAACCCAUUGCAUUUUGGGAUACUUUCUGUCCUACUGGGUGAUUGGCCUUGUUUUACACUGUAACUUUUUGCCAUGGACCUAAAAGUGCUUCCACUAGAGUGUAAAUAAAAUACUUAACUAGAUGUAUACAGUUUAAUGCCACUGUAUAAUGCACAGACAUUUCUGUUAUGCAAAAAAGGUGAAAAGGUUUUCUGUAUGUUUUAAUGUGGGCUCUCUAGGAACAGGGCGUAAUUUUGGUAUUCAGGUUUAUUUAUUUUGAGGUUAAUUGUUUAUUAAAAGACUACUGAUUCCA